GCGCAGAACUGGUCACGUGCCCGGAUAUGGGAAGCGGUGAGGAGCGGCCGCUUCCCGUUCACCGGUUAAUUGAGGGGCACAGCCUGGGAGCGGUGGUCGCCGCGGCCGCACCCCGCUUCCGUCUGGGAGGACCCGCCGCGGCACAGCUGGGCUCGGUCCGGCCUUGCGCUUCUUGGUUACACACCUGGGAAGGCAGCCGUGCUUGGGCAUUACCACCCAGACAGGAAUCCAGAGUUCCUCCUCCUGACUUCUGCCUGACCCAGACCUGGCUGUUGUGGCUGUUUGGGGAGUGAAACAGUAGAUGGAAAAGCUCUCUCUCUGUUACUCUGCUUUUCAGCUAAGAGAAAAUGACAGCAAUCAAGCAUGCAUUACAAAGAGACAUCUUUACACCAAAUGAUGAACGUCUGCUGAGCAUUGUGAAUGUCUGCAAAGCAGGGAAAAAGAAAAAGAACUGCUUUUUGUGUGCUACAGUGACAACAGAGCGCCCUGUGCAGGUGAAGGUGGUCAAAGUGAAGAAAUCGGAUAAGGGAGAUUUCUACAAAAGGCAGAUUGCCUGGGCCCUUCGAGACCUUGCUGUGGUGGAUGCCAAAGAUGCCGUCAAAGAGAAUCCUGAAUUUGAUUUACAUUUUGAAAAAAUAUACAAAUGGGUUGCCAGCAGCACUGCUGAAAAGAACGCAUUCAUUUCAUGCAUUUGGAAGUUGAAUCAGCGAUAUCUCCGGAAGAAAAUUGAUUUUGUCAAUGUUAGUUCACAGCUUUUGGAAGAACUGCCUAAAGUUACAGAAGAAUCUGUUCCAAGUGGAGAAAAUCAGAGCGUAACAGGAGGUGAUGAAGAAGCAGUAGAUGAAUACCAGGAGUUAAAUGCAAGAGAAGAGCAGGACAUUGAGAUAAUGAUGGAAGGCUGUGAAUAUGCAAUCUCGAAUGCUGAGGCCUUUGCAGAAAAGUUGUCCAGAGAGCUGCAGGUGCUAGAUGGGGCCAACAUCCAGUCAAUCAUGGCCUCUGAGAAACAAGUGAACAUCCUGAUGAAGUUGCUGGAUGAGGCUCUCAAGGAGGUGGACCAGAUUGAAUUGAAGCUGAGCAGCUAUGAGGAAAUGCUCCAAAGCGUGAAAGAACAGAUGGAUCAGAUUUCCGAGAGCAACCACCUCAUCCACCUUAGCAACACCAAUAACGUCAAGCUCCUGUCUGAGAUAGAGUUCCUUGUGAACCACAUGGACUUGGCCAAAGGUCAUAUAAAGGCCCUCCAGGAGGGAGAUCUUGCUUCUUCCAGAGGCAUUGAGGCCUGCACCAACGCUGCUGAUGCCCUUCUGCAGUGCAUGAACGUGGCUCUUCGACCAGGCCAUGACAUGCUUCUGGCAGUCAAGCAGCAGCAGCAGCGUUUCGGCGACCUGAGAGAGCAUUUUGCCCGGAGACUGGCCAGUCACCUCAACAACGUGUUUGUUCAGCAGUUUACUCAGGCCCUCCUUCAGCUCUAUAACAGGUCCUACUUUCUUUCGGUUCCUGGUCAUGAUCAGAGUUCGACUCUUGCUCAGCACUCCACUGAACUGACUUUACCCAAUCAUCAUCCAUUUCAUAGAGACUUGCUCCGCUACGCCAAGCUGAUGGAGUGGCUCAAGAGUACAGAUUACGGAAAAUAUGAAGGACUAACAAAGAAUUACAUGGAUUAUUUGUCCCGACUGUAUGAAAGAGAGAUCAAAGAUUUCUUUGAAGUUGCAAAGAUCAAGAUGACUGGCACAACUAAAGAAAGCAAGAAGUUUGCUACACUGCCUCGAAAAGAAAGUGCUGGCAAACAGGAAACAGAGAGUCUUCAUGGAAGUUCCGGGAAAUUAACUGGAUCUACUUCUAGUCUAAAUAAACUCAGCGUUCAGAGUUCAGGGAAUCGCAGAUCUCAGUCAUCAUCUCUGUUGGAUAUGGGGAACAUGUCUGCCUCUGACCUCGAUGUUGCUGACAGAACCAAGUUUGAUAAGAUCUUUGAACAGGUACUCAGUGAACUGGAGCCCCUGUGUUUGGCCGAACAGGAUUUCAUAAGUAAAUUUUUCAAACUGCAGCAACAUCAGAGUAUACCUGGAGCUAUGGCUGAAACGGAGGACCUGGAUGGAGGAACAUUGUCACGACAGCAUCCUUCUGGCACACCGUUGCCCAUUUCAUCUGACAAAGAUAUGAUCCGCCAAAUGAUGAUUAAAAUAUUUCGCUGCAUUGAGCCAGAACUGAACAACCUAAUUGCGUUAGGAGACAAAAUCGAUAGCUUUAACUCCCUCUACAUGCUGGUGAAAAUGAGUCAUCACGUGUGGACUGCACAAAAUGUGGACCCUGCUUCUUUUCUGAGUACUACAUUGGGAAACGUCUUGGUGACUGUCAAAAGGAACUUUGACAAAUGCAUUAGUAACCAAAUAAGACAAAUGGAAGAAGUAAAAAUCUCAAAGAAGAGUAAAGUUGGAAUUCUUCCAUUUGUUGCUGAAUUUGAAGAAUUUGCUGGACUUGCAGAAUCAAUCUUUAAGAAUGCUGAGCGGCGUGGAGAUCUAGAUAAAGCAUAUACAAAACUUAUCAGAGGAGUGUUUGUUAAUGUGGAGAAAGUAGCAAGCGAGAGCCAGAAGACCCCCAGGGAUGUGGUCAUGAUGGAGAACUUUCACCACAUUUUUGCAACUCUUUCUCGCUUGAAAAUCUCAUGUCUAGAAGCUGAAAAAAAAGAAGCCAAACAAAAAUACACAGAUCACCUUCAGUCAUACGUCAUUUACUCUUUAGGACAACCUCUUGAAAAACUGAAUCACUUCUUUGAAGGCGUCGAAGCCCGAGUAGCACAGGGCAUAAGAGAGGAGGAAGUAAGCUACCAACUUGCGUUUAACAAGCAGGAGCUUCGCAAAGUCAUCCGAGAGUACCCUGGGAAGGAGGUGAAGAAGGGCCUGGACAACCUGUACAAGAAAGUUGAUAAGCACCUGUGUGAGGAAGAGAACUUACUGCAGGUGGUGUGGCACUCCAUGCAGGAUGAGUUCAUACGCCAGUACAAGCACUUCGAAGGCUUGAUUGCUCGCUGUUACCCUGGGUCAGGUGUCACCAUGGAAUUCACUAUUCAGGACAUUCUGGAUUAUUGCUCCAGCAUUGCACAGUCCCACUAGGCUCUGGGAAGAAGGGAAGACGAAUGAGCGAAGCACUCGGAGUACAACAGACGCACUGUAGCAGCAGUGAGCAGCUGAGCUGGGAGCCCGAACAUACAACAUUACGUAUUAUUAAGUGUCCGCCCAGUGGGUGUGUUACUACAGUGUUUUAAGUGCAAAGGUACCAACCCAAACGGCACUUUUAAUUGCCCGGCAGGUUGUGUGCUAACUUCAAGCAUUUAUCUCUUCAUAAAUGCUUUUGGCACUUUCCAGCGACUGAAGGGGAUUUUUCUCUGUUGCCUAGCUUCGUGAGGUGGAGAGUGGUUAUCCUGUCCGCAGUGCAUCGGGAGUGCUUCAGUGGUCCCCGUUUCUCUGUUGCUUAUAGAUCAUGUAACUACUAAUAUAUUGUACAGAAGUUCCUUCCCGCUCCAAGGAGCGUGGGUAAGGGAGCUUAUGUAGUUGUCAGCGGUAAACUCAUUUUGAGGAUUAAGUGACUGUGUAGUAAUAAAUCUAAAAUAAAGAAAUUUUCAAAGAA